AUGACCACCACCUGGAUGAACCUCUGGGUUGCUCUCCUCUUAGGACUCUUCACCUCCUUCUUCUACGGCUAUUUCACGACCAGCUCACCCCAUUGCUCUGUCUCUGUCUCAAAAACAGCGUCCGAGUCCAACAGCUCCGACCAAGUCCCUGGCACUCGAACCGACCUGACAGCCCUCCAACAACACGUGCUCUUCUGGGACCGCGACAGCGACGCCAUCAUCUACCCUCACGAUGUCUACACCGGCUUCCGAGAGAUCGGAUUCUCCAUCCCCUUCUCCCUCACAGCGCUCCUGAUCCCCGUCUUUUUCUCCUACCCGACCCGCCUCGGCCACAGCUACAUUCCCGACCCCCUGUUCCGGAUCUACGUCGACGACAUCCACAAGGCCAAACACGGCUCCGAUGCGGGCGUCUACGAUCUGAAGGGCAACUUAAGGGCUGAGGCGUUCGAUGAAAUGUUUGCGGAAUUCGAUCCGGCAGGCACGGGCGGGUUGCACGCGAAGGAUCUGUGGAGGAUGGUGGGGCGGAAUCGGGUGGCCGCUGAUGUUGCUGGAUGGAGCUUUGCCGCUAUGGAAUGGGGGACGACGUGGCUCCUGUUGCAGCGGGAUAGGAGGGUGUGGAAGGAGGAUUUGAGAGAGUGUUAUGACGGGACGCUCUUCUGGAGGCUGAAAAGGGUGAAUGAAGAGGGCAACCAAAUGCCAUUCUUUCUCUCCAUCGACAACCGAAACCCAGUCGUACUUGAUGCUUUCUCCCUUCAUCACAUCACAGGCUCCCUUGCUGACCUCAUCGGCAGAGUCGAGAAAAUUGCAGAAGAAAGUGCUGUGAAACUUACGCAAGUCCGAAUGGACGAGGAAUUCUUGAUCGAAGACCACGAUGCGAGGGUCGAGCUGGAAGUCGGGUGCAACGAAGACGACAGGAAACGUGGUAUCAUAGUGGUGUCCGAUCCUCUGUUUCUUGUCGAUCCUCUGUUUCUUUACUGCUCGUUGUGA